AUGACGCGUCUUACAACAAACACAGAAACCACAGCUACCAUGGAUCCGCCACGAGCUACUCACCACGAACGCUCCGACCGAGACCGAGACCGAAAGCACAAGGUGCGCCGCUCGCGCUCUCCACGCCGCGACGAUGACCGACACAGCCCCGAAAAGCACCGCUCUGAACGCUCUGGACGCCACGAACGCUCUGAACGCUCGCACCGCUCACGCUCGCCCGCAAAGCCAGUGAAGCUCCCUUACCAGGCGCGGCCGCUAUCCAAGCACGACCUAGAAGCCUACAAGCCGUUGUUCCAGUCGUACCUGGACAUACAGAAGCACAUACAGCUGGACGAACUCAACGAGCGAGAGGCACGCGGGCGCUGGAAGAGCUUUGUAUCGCGAUGGAACCGUGGUGAUCUAGCGCGCAGCUGGUACGAUCCCUCGAUGCUGCAGACUGCACAACAGACGGUCCAGGCCUACCGCGCGAGUUCUCAAUCGCCUCGGCCUGUCGAGCGGGCAUCACCGGAGUACGAGCAGCGCGCACCCGUCAAAGACUCUGGCGACAAUGAUGGGAGCGACGACGACGACGACUUUGGCCCGGCGCCACCAACACACAUUGCGCGCGCCUCGGGCCACGGACCCACGAUACCGCGCUUCGAUGACCUCACGCACCGCAACGAGCUCCGCGACGAAGACGGUGCGCGCGACCGCUCAGCGUACGCCUCCGACACACGUCACGAGCGCAAAGCCGAGCGCAAGACGCAAAAAGAGCGCAUGGAGGAGCUUGCACCCCGCGCAGAUCCGGGGUCUCGUGAGCGUCAGAUGGAGAAGAAGCGCGAGACGACCAGCACGCUGCAGUCCUUCCGCGACGCAAAGGAGAGCGGAGAUGUAGAGAUUGGCGAAUCGGAGCUCAUGGGCGACGACGGCAUUGACGCAUACAAGCAGAAGAAGAAGGCGGACGAGCGGGUGAAGAAUGAGCGAGAGAUCCGGCGCGAGGAGAUUGCACGCGCGCGGGCGGCGGAGCGCGAAGAGGCGCUGAGUGCGCGGCGAGCAAAGGAAGCGCAGACAAUGGAGUUCCUGAAGCAGCUCGCGCAGGAGCGGUUCGGGCCUUGA